AAUGUCCAUUAAUCGUACUCCGAUCACUGAAAGUAGAAGAACAGUUCCUAUAACAAACCAUAAAACAACAUCUGUCUCACGAAAAGUUUUGACUCUUCCCAGCACUUAUAAUUACCAUAUAAAGGCGGUAGUACAACUCUCGAUGUCAGGCUCAACAGCUAAAUUUCAGAUCUUAUUGUCCGACGAUAUACACGAGAUGAAUGCAUAUCAUAAUAUUACAACUCAAACUGAAAUGGGCAGUACAGAGAAACUACCCAUUGAAGAAGAUGAUGACACGAGUGUUUCCGAGAAAGCGUCUGAAAUCAUGCAAAUUGAUUCUGGUUUCCACAACAGCGAAGAUGAGGUAGUGGCUAACUACACUGGUAUGGACUACUCUGGUCUUCCAUUUGCUAAGGCCAACCAAACGCUACCUUGGGCGAACGAAAUUGGUAUCGACCGAUUCCUAGCAGCCGCCAUGCCAGCGUCGGUGAUCUGACAAAUCUACACGGUCCUCGCAGUGGUUCUUGUAAGUUUACCGAUAAAUCUGCGAGUCGACAUGACACCCAAUGGGUGCCCCCAUUCUAUUCGGUUUGUUGUAACGCUCCUGUCAUUUCCUUUCAUUUGUAUUAGCUGUAAAGUGAAAAAGUUUUACCAUGACGAAAUAACAUGAUGUAACAAGGCACA